AUGUCCUACAACUACAACCAACCAGGCGGUUAUCAGCAGCCGUAUCCGGGCCAAGCCCCGCCGCCACAGGGUUACGGUCAACAUCAACAGUAUCAACCACCUCCACAGCAAGGCUAUCAACAACCGCCACCAAUGCAGAACCAACAGUACGGAGGCUACCCGCCUCAACAAGGUUAUGGUCAGCAACCACCGCAAGGUCAAUAUGGUGCGCCGCCGCCAAAUCAGUACGGCGCUCCACCCCAGGGCCAGUAUGGAGCUCCUCCUCCGCAACAGGGUUAUGGCGCACCUGGGCAAUAUCAACAACAGCCACCUCCGGGCCAGUAUGGACAGCAACCACCUCCAGGACAGUAUGGCGCGCCACCUCCAGGCCAAUACGGCCAACAACCGCCCCAAGGACAGUAUCAACCACCACCUGGUCCUCCGCCAGGCCAGUUUGGGCAGCAACCACCCCCAGGGCAAUACGGUGCGCCCCCACCACAGGGUCAAUUCGGUGCUCCACCUCCCCAAGGCCAGUUCGGUGCGCCAGGGGGUUUCGGCGGGCCACCAACUCAGGCUUCCCUCGGCUAUGGCCCUAUGCAGGUCGCCAACAUCGACGUCAGCAAAGAUGUUGAAGCUGUCCGCAAAGCAAUGAAGGGAUUCGGAACUGACGAAAAGGCGCUCAUCGCGGUUUUGGCGAAGAGGGAUCCUAUCCAGGUCAACACUAUUCGGGCGCAAUACGACCAACGCCUGAUGCGAAACAUGGUCCAAGAUCUCGAGAAAGAGACUAGCGGCUAUUUCGCGAAAGGACUUGUCGAAAUUGCACGCGGCCCUCUAGUAUCCGACUGCUACAACCUCAUGGAAGCAAUGAAGGGCAUGGGUACAAAGGAGGUCAUCUUGGACGACAUCCUGAUCGGCCGAAGCAACGCCGACAUCAACGCCAUCAAGCAGAAGUACCAAGAACUAUUCCAACGGCCGCUACAGAAAGACCUUCAGGGCGACCUAAGUGCCGGAACGGAACAGAUGUACGACAUGAUCAUCUCGGCCCGCCGCGCAGAAGACUCAUACCCGGUCAACCCCCAAGAAAUUGAGCAGGCUGUCACCGAUCUUCAAGCCGGCAUGGGUGGCUUUGCUAGCAAGAACGUUCCCCAAGUUUGCCAGAUCCUCACCAGCAAAAACGACGCGCAGCUCAAGGCCAUGGCGAACUCUUAUCAGCAGCGCUUCCACAAGUCCCUCGACAGCGUCAUCAAGUCCGCUUUCUCAGGCCACAUGGAAGAUGCACUCCGCCUACUUAUCCACCGUGCCACCAACCGGCCCGAGGCUGAAGCCGUCCGUCUAGAGGAAUCGAUGGCUGGCCUCGGUACAAAGGACGAUAUCCUCGUACAACGCGUCGUCCGCUGCCACUGGGACAAGAACUUUAUGAACGCCGUCAGCAACGCGUACAAGCAGGUCUACAAGAAGGACUUGGUCAAGAGGAUAGAAGGAGAGACGCGCGGCGAUUACGAGAAGCUCAUGGUUGCUUGUGUGAAGCCUUGA